GAUUUACGAGCCCAAUUGAAACUAAUCUGAAACCGACUAUGGGUUCCAUAGAAACACCAACAAAUCCGGAGAACGGCUCCGCAACUCUGUCCCCUGCCGUCACAGCCGCCGACUUGCACCAGAAGCCACAUUCCGCUGUCAACGGUACGCCUCCGCAGGCCGCUGAAAUGACGCAGAUGGAAUCUGACUCGUUGAAGAAGAGAAGGUCGAGUGUGCUACCGCUUGAGGUUGGUACUCGUGUGAUGUGCCGUUGGAGGGACGGCAAGUAUCACCAGGUAAAGGUCAUCGAGCGCCGCAAGAUGCAGUGCGGUGGACCCAACGAUUACGAGUAUUACGUCCAUUACACCGAGUUUAACAGGAGGCUUGAUGAAUGGGUGAAGCUUGAACAAUUAGAUCUUGAUUCAGUGGAAACUGUUGUAGAUGAGAAGGUGGAAGACAAGGUAACAAGCUUGAAAAUGACACGACACCAAAAACGUAAGAUUGAUGAAACACAUGUUGAGGGCCAUGAGGAGCUUGAUGCUGCCAGCUUACGUGAACAUGAGGAAUUUACAAAAGUGAAAAAUAUAGCUACUAUUGAACUGGGGAGAUAUGAGAUUGAGACAUGGUAUUUCUCCCCCUUUCCACCAGAAUACAAUGAUUCUGUCAAGCUGUACUUUUGUGAGUUUUGCCUCAAUUUCAUGAAGCGUAAAGAACAGCUUCAAAGGCAUAUGAGGAAGUGUGAUCUCAAGCAUCCCCCUGGUGAUGAGAUUUAUCGAAGUGGUACAUUGUCAAUGUUCGAGGUUGAUGGCAAAAAGAACAAAGUUUAUGGCCAGAAUCUUUGUUAUUUAGCAAAGCUAUUUCUUGAUCACAAGACCCUUUAUUAUGAUGUCGAUCUGUUUCUUUUCUACAUUUUGUGUGAAUGUGAUGAUCGAGGAUGCCACAUGGUUGGAUAUUUUUCCAAGGAAAAGCAUUCAGAGGAAUCAUAUAAUUUGGCAUGUAUUCUCACUCUUCCUCCUUACCAAAGGAAAGGCUAUGGAAAAUUUUUAAUUGCUUUCUCUUAUGAGCUUUCCAAGAAGGAAGGUAAAGUUGGUACACCUGAAAGACCGCUUUCUGACCUAGGGUUGUUGAGCUACAGAGGAUACUGGACCCGAGUUCUUUUGGACAUCUUGAAAAAGCACAAGGGAAAUAUUUCUAUCAAGGAGCUCAGUGACAUGACAGCCAUCAAAGCGGAGGAUAUUUUGACCACCCUUCAGAGCCUAGAAUUGAUUCAGUACAGAAAGGGACAGCAUGUGAUUUGUGCAGAUCCAAAAGUGUUGGAUCGUCAUCUAAAAGCUGCUGGCCGUGGUGGUCUCGAGGUUGAUGUUAGCAAAUUGAUAUGGACUCCUUAUAAAGAACAAGGUUGAUUAGAGGAUCUAAUUAUUGCCUUGUAAUUUGGACAUGUUCUAUUUCCUGUAUAAAUGAAUGUAUCUCUUAGGAAAUGAAGUUAGGUGAAUAUAAGUGCGAGACAUUGAGCUUCAUAGGGACAUGAUUUUUUUACGCUUAAGUUGUCUGUUAAUUGUCACAUGUAAUGAAAUGUAACCUAAAUUUGAAUUCUAGAAGAAGAAAUAUCUGCCGUUUUACUGA